AUGGAGGCCGGACAGAACGGCACGGCGCUGGUUGCCAACCUCACCCUGGGCAACAUGUUUGCCCAGCCGGCGUGGCAGGUGUGCCUGUGGGCGCUGGCGUACUCGCUGGUGGUGCUGACCGCGCUGGGCGGCAACGUGACGGUGAUCUGGAUCAUCCUUGCCCACCGGCCCAUGCGUACCGUCACCAACUACUUCCUGGUCAACCUGGCGGUGGCCGACGGAUCAAUGGCCGCCUUCAACGCUGCCUUCAACUUCAUCUACGCCGCCCACAACGACUGGUACUUCGGCCUCCACUACUGCCGCUUCCAGAACUUUCUCCCCAUCACCGCCGUCUUCGCCAGCAUCUACUCCAUGACCGCCAUCGCCCUGGACAGGUACAUUGCCAUCAUCUACCCUCUGAAGCCAAGACUGUCUUCCAGCAUGACCAAGCUGGUGAUAGGUGCUAUAUGGCUGCUGGCCCUGGCUCUGGCAUUCCCGCAGUGUUUUUACGCUCAAAUCGAGCACGUGGGCAACAGAAUAAUCUGCAACGUGUACUGGCCCGGAGACGUUGGAGGGAAACACCAACUGACGUACCAGCUCGUGGUGAUCGCGUUGAUCUACCUAAUGCCACUGAUGGUGAUGGGGGUGACCUACACCAGGGUGGGGAUAACGCUGUGGGCCAGCGCAAUACCCGGCGACUCAACGCGGCGAUAUCACGAGCAGCUGAAAGCAAAACGGAAGGUGGUCAAGAUGAUGAUGGUGGUGGUGCUGACCUUCGCAGUUUGCUGGCUGCCCUAUCACUUGUACUUCAUCCUCGGCAGCUUCAGCCUGGACAUCUACUUCAACACCUACAUCCAGCAGGUGUACCUGGGGAUAUUCUGGCUGGCGAUGAGCUCCACCAUGUACAACCCAAUCAUCUACUGUUGCCUCAAUAACCGAUUUCGCAUCGGCUUCAAGAAGGCGUUCCGGUGCUGCCCGUUUGUCCAGUACAGUCGGCACGAUCACCUGGAGUUAACGAAGGCGAUGAGCUUCCGCAUGACGAGGAGCAGCACGUACACGACGAGCAGGACGGAGACCACCGCGGCCAGCCACGCCGCAGCCAAUAGCGACGAGGCAGAGAGACCCAAGGGGGAGCUCCUCAGCUCCGGAACUGUUCUGUGA